AUAAACCACUUGGGAGGACUUCAAACUGUCUAAUUUUUAUCCCACGGGAGUAUAACCUGGUAUUUGGAUCAGUAUUGUGGACUUGGGACAAUAUGGACAGUAACAUGAGACAAAUUACAUUACAUACGCUUGUAUUGGCGCUGGUUUCAUUCUUCACGACGUCUUGCGCCUCAGACGUGUUUCCAAAAGCAAAGAAUGUAUCCUGGUCUUCUGUAAACUUUAAAUCCAUGCUAACGUGGAGUCCAAAACCAACCAAUUAUUCCUACACAGUUGAGUUUUCUGAACUCAGCCAGGACAGAGAACGCACGCCAUACUGCAUCAGGACGAUGGAUACCGAAUGUGACCUGACUGCAGUGUUAAAAAACCUGAAGGCCUAUUACAGCGCUGACGUCCUGUCUGAACCCAUGCGGGGCGUCUCCUCUGAUCUGGUCGAAUUCCCUCAUGUCAGCUCUGGGAAAUUCUCUCCUUAUCAUGACACGGACAUUGGUAGACCAGAGUUUAAAAUAGAAGUAAGCAGCGAUAAAAGAAUGACAAAGCUGCAUGUGACGGACGUCCCGACGGCUCUGUUUGAUGAUCAGAAAAAGAGAUUAAAUAUUCGGGAUGUUUUCGGGGAUGAGCUGCAGUAUAAGGUUAUCUACAGAAAGGCCAAGAGCACAGGAAAGAAAGAAAUGCUUAGUAAAAAAAGCAUAAUUGAGAUGCCGGAUUUGGACCGAGGAGUGGGUUACUGUUUUAAUGUUCAAGCUUAUCUACCUUCACGUGCUGCAAACAAACAAUUCGGAGAGCUCAGCAGCGUCCACUGCUCUACAGAAGAAAACACAACCGUCUUUGAAGAGUACGGCACGGGUGUCAUCACUGGAGUUAUUGUUUUCAUCCUUUCGGCAAUAAUAGUCAUCGUUUUGGUCAUCGUGAUGUGCUGCAGACGAAGGAGGAGAGCGGAAAACGAAGGAAAAGAGGGAUUAGCAUUGAAUGGUCUGUGAGGAGUGCACAUGCCCUGUUUGGUACAACUAAAUUAAUGUAAAGGGAGGAUUGCUGUUCCGUUCCACUACCGAAAUACUGUUUCUGUGAAACCUCAGAAUGUAGAUAUGUUAGACAUAUAAUUUAGCAAGACGCGAGCUUUUUACUAUCAGGGUGGUGGGUUCUUUAGUCUGGCACUGAAUUGUACUGUAUAAAUGUUUUUUUUUUAUAUACCGUUGAAGUCAAAGUUAUUCGCCCUCCUGAGAAUUUUUAUUUAUUUAUUUUCAAUUAUUUCCCAAAUAAUGUUUAACAGAGCAAGGAAUUUUUCACAGUAUUUCUUAUAAAAUAUUUUUUUUUCUGGAGAAAGUUUUUAAUUUAAAAAAAAAAAAA